UUUUUGUAUUAAUAUAAUUUAUAAGCACUUCCUUACAUUUCCUCACUGUUAAUCAUGGAUAGCGACGCUAAAAUUCAAGAAGCCAGAGCCGCCCUCAAGAAGAAGCUCGGAGGUGGGGCCAGAAGAACCAAGAAAGUCAACAAGAAAGCCGACAAAAAUGAAGACAAGAAGCUCAAGCAACAGCUCAAGAAAUUCAAUGUUCAGUCUCUGCCAGACAUCGAGGAAGUGAACUUCUUCAAGGAUGAUGACACCGUCAUGAACUUCAAGAGACCAGCAGUAGACUUUAGCGUGAGAGAUAAUUUACUCGUUGUUAGCGGAAACCCAGAUACCAAAUCAAUUGAGACCAUGCUCCCAGAUAUUCUCAAGCAAGUCGGCCCAGAACAGGCUGCCAAGCUCAAGGACGUAGUCAAGAAAGACGGCGGUGCCGCUGCAGCAGACGACGAUGACGACGAUGAUGUACCAGAAUUAGUAGGAAACUUCGAAGACGCCUCCAAGAAAGAGUAAUUCAGCAGAAUCGUAAUAAUGAUUAUUCGCAUAAAUCGCGGUAAA